AUGAUGUACUCCACGUACCAGGACAGACAAAAAAAAAAUAGAAUAAAUAAAAGUACAAAAAGGAAAAUACCAAAAAAGUACAAAAAAAAUGACGUAAUGAACCUAUUUGACAAAAAACGAUACAUAAUUUACGACAUUCGAAAAUAUUACGAUAAAGUGUCCUUCUCCAUGUUUAAGAGGCAUUUGCAUCUUAACCCCAAAUGUGGCCUCAUUCUGCGUAUCCCCAUGUGUACGUACAUACAUGCGCGUUGA